GGAACUAGCAGUCAUCACUGCCUAGUUAGCUAGUUUUCUCUCUCUGUCUCUGUCUCUCUCUUAGUAUAAAAGAAACCUCAACCUCUGAACUCAGCACCCGACAAUCGCACAUUAGCAUUUCAAACUGUUCAACAUUCACUCUCCAAAACUAGAGAAAAAAUGAGUAGGCCAGGAGAUUGGAACUGCAGGACAUGCAACCACCUCAACUUCCAAAGAAGGGAAUCAUGCCAACGGUGCGGCGAGCCCAGGGGCGUCGGCGCCGGUGCCGGUGGAGACUAUGGUGGAGCCUUUGGUGGUAGAGGCUCCUCCUCUUUCACCGGCCCCGAUGUUCGCCCUGGAGACUGGUACUGCACCGUUGGCAAUUGUGGAGCCCACAACUUCGCAAGCCGGUCUAGCUGCUUCAAGUGUGGUGCUCCCAAGGAGGACUCCUCCGCCGCCGGAUUUGACGCCGACAUUCCUCGAACUAGAGGCUAUAGCUUUGCCGGCACCACUGCUGCUCGCCCUGCUUGGAAAUCCGGCGACUGGAUAUGUACCAGGUCUGGAUGCAAUGAGCAUAACUUUGCAAAUAGAAUGGAAUGCUAUCGAUGCAAUGCACCAAGGGACUCUUCUAGUUCUAGGCCUCCCUAUUCAUCCUAGACUAUACCUUCUCCAUCUGG